AUGGAGCGCCCUCAGUUUUGUCAACCUGAACUCCUAAAGCUUGCCUGUGGGAAGACUGUCCAGUACCAAAGAGUCCAACAACCCAAUAGGAAAACUGGCUCAUUCAGAGGGAAGGUGAUAGAGAGAUGGCGUAGAGCUGUGUCCACCAACUUAGCCAAGCAAAAUGUGUUGGUCCUCAAAGAGGAAUCAUUGAAUGAAAGCAACUUGGGAUUUCAUGAAAGCCAAAGCAACCCAAAGAGAAACCUGGUAAGGAGGAUGAAGAGUGCUGUUGGGAAAAUGCUGUCUUGCAAGUGUGGAAGCCAGUCAGCCAGUGCUGGCAGGGAGAGCUUUGUGGAGCAGAAGGAAGCCUCCCCCUCCAAAGCACCAGGCCUGUUGCCUAGACUUGUGAAGGAACUUCCGUCGCCCAGAUUAUUCACCAAUCCAAGGAUGAGGAAGCUCUCACAGAAUGCAACAAUACAGCUUGAUGUUGUAGAAGCAGAGACAGAAGAGCUAACUGGAGGAAAUGGGCUUCUCCGAGCCAAGAGAACCACCAAGCGAUUAUCUGUGACAUCACUUCCUUCAGGGCUGCAGAAGGCACAAUAUUCAUCAAAAAAGAGACCACACUUCCCAGCACUUAAAAAGAAGAAGCGGCGCAUGGAAGCCAUUCUCCAGAAAUCAGAGCUGACCGUAGGCAAGCUUCAAAUGCAGGUGGAUGACCUCAUAGAAACAGUGACUGACAAAUCCAUGAAGCUUCUGGAACAAAGGCACGCUGAGCUUAAGCAGUGUGAGUUUCUAGGGGCUGAGAUCCUUCAGUCUUCGAAGCAAUUCCAAAGGCUUUCCAAGAGAACCACAAGGAAGUAUAAGCUGCGAAGAGCAUGCUUCCCAUGCACCUGCUGCUGCUGCUGA